CGUUUGAUAAUAUAAUGCAAUUUUCUCCCAAUUAAUGGUGCACAUAGGUUUUAACAUAUAUAAGUAGAGUAGGUUACUGCUGACAACCUACAAGCAUUUUUUGUUUGUUUCAAUGAAUAUGUCGUUGUCAGAUUACUGUUAUUUGUUUCUUCCAAUAUCAUUAUCAAGAAUGUUGAGUAAAACGUUUCAAUUGCAUGUAAUGUUGUAGCAUAGUAAAAUAUUGUUAAUAAUUUAUUAAUUUAGUUGUACACUUCAGAGUCCACGUGUCUUUGUUUACUUUUUUAGAACUUAUUUUCGUGAGUACUCGGCAUCCAACAAAUUUUGUGUUGCGGUUCGUUUGGUACGAUAUGACCCACAUGUAUUAUAACGAAAUUCAUUUCGGGUAUUCAUUUUCGCUUUCCCAUUAGUAAGUCCGUUCAUAAUGUUAACUGAAAAGGAUCAGGAUCGUUCUUGUAUUUCACAACAGUUACUUUCGAUUCAUCUUUUGAGAUUUUUAUGCAUAGCCACAUAAAUUUUAAAAUAAGUCAACACUUACAAAUAUAUACAAGGAAACGUUUAAUUAAAGUGAAAAACUUAAAGAAUAGAAGAUGGCAUCACCAAGAACGACUAGGUCAUCAAAAUCACCUUCAAGAAGGAGAUCUACAAGUUCUUCUAGAAGUACUAGGUCAAGAAGUCGCAGCAGAAGUCGUAGCCGUGGGAGAUCUGUUCGUUCCAAAAAAUCUGUUUCCCCAGCAAAAUCUUCUCCACCAAAAUCUUCAAAGAGACCAGCAACACCAGCUACUGGCAAAGUGAAAAGGGAAGAAAGAGCUGUAACACCUACUAGGAGGUCUACUAGACUUGAAAAUAAGUUACUUCCUCAAGAAGAGAGAAAGCCUGUUGAGUUUAAGAUGAUGGAAGAACCAGAGAAAGUGCGAAUUGGUACAACAAAGACCAGAGAGUUUGGUGGGGCUAUAGGAUCAUUCUUUAUGGUUUUAGGAUUACCUGCUGGAGUACUUGGGUUGAAUAUCUUAUGUUCUCAGAAUAAAUGUGCAGUGCAAAUGCCAAAAAUUUCAACAAACUGGAAGACAUAUUUUGACAAGGAAGCUGCAUUAAUUUAUUUUGGUUGGUUCCUGUUCCAAGCUUUUCUUUACAUGUUACCAAUAGGAAAAGUUGUCAAUGGACAGCCAUUAAAAUCUGGACACAGACUUCAGUACAGAUGUAAUGGAUUCUUUGCCUUAAUUGUAAGUUUACUGGCUUUUACUGGAGCAGUUUACUUAAAAUAUCCAAUCCACAUAGUCCACACAAAAUUUAUACAGCUGAUCACCAGUGGAAUUAUCUUUAGCUUUGUUUUGAGUUUAUUGUUGUACAUCAAAGCUCGUCGAGGACCAAAUGCCAGUUUGGCUCCUGGUGGAAAUUCAGGCAACUUUUUGUAUGACUUCUUCAUUGGCCAUGAACUCAAUCCAAGAAUAGGAAGCUUUGACUUGAAGUUUUUCUGUGAACUUCGACCAGGUCUGAUUGGUUGGUUAAUGAUCAACUUAGUAUUUUUAACUGAAGCUUACCAAAAGAACAACGGUGUUCUCCCUCCUGCACUUACAAUGGUGGUUGUUUUCCAGGCACUGUAUGUUGCUGAUGCUCUUUGGUUUGAGGAUGCUAUCCUGACUACAAUGGAUAUUAUACAUGAUGGAUUUGGAUACAUGUUGGUGUUUGGAGAUCUUGUUUGGGUGCCAUUCUUGUACUGUCUACAGACUAAAUUUCUGGCAGAGAAUAAUGUUCAUUUAUAUUGGUAUUGUUUGGCAGCCAUUGGAGUCUUAAACUUCAUUGGUUAUUUCAUGUUCAGAGGAAGCAAUUCACAGAAAAAUGAAUUUAGGAAGAAUCCAUAUAAUCCAACAUUAUCUCAUUUGGAAACUAUUCCAACAUCAACUGGGAAUAGGUUAUUGGUAUCAGGAUGGUGGGGAUUAUGUAGGAAACCAAACUACCUUGGUGAUAUCAUCAUGUCUAUAGCUUGGUCAUUACCAUGUGGGUUUUCCACGCCAGUUGUAUGGUUUUAUCCAAUAUACUUCACAAUUCUGCUCAUUCAUCGUCAGAGAAGAGAUGAAGAAGUAUGUGCAAAGAAGUAUAAAGCAAGCUGGGAUCGUUACUGUGAGAGGGUACCAUACAGAAUAUUUCCAAAAAUCUACUAGUGCAAAUCUGACCAAUCCAGGGCAACAUUCUCUUAUAUUUUGUUAAUAAUCAUGUCCAUUGAUAUGUUGUAUUAAAUUUUAUUUUUGAAGCUUAUUUCCUUUAUCAUUAUUUUUAAUCUUAGAUGUAUUGCUAAAUUUAUUUUUGAAAGUUUUUAAUUUUUUUGUAAAUUAUUUUUAAACUACUUUUAUUAUAUAUUUUUUUUUAAAUUAUUUUGUUUUAAUGAGCAAACAUGGUUAAACAGACUGAAAUACAGGUUUUCAAAUCUGAUAAGAUAGAGAGAAUACUCAAGUUCUUUAUGAUCUCAUCUUUAAUGAUAGCACUGCCUAGGAAAUAGUCUAGCUCUUAACAUUAUUCUGUUUUGAUUUUUGAGAAUUUUCAUACUAUAGUCCAAAUUUCCAUGCAAGUAUGUUGUGUAUGUUAUAAAGGGUAGAUUAGAAAAGGAAGGGACUUUAUUGUUUUUCUUUCUUUUUUGUUUCCUUUGGUAAAUAACAUUGUUAUUUGGUUUUGUUUUUAAGUGCACUCACAUCUCUAUGAGACAUAAUUUAUUAUUUGAAGUCAAGAAAGUACCAACCACCAAAACCCUUCAACAGUUUUUAAAUCAUUUUUUAAAUCAUUUAUUUGUUUGGAUAGUGCCAUUGUUUAUAUAUAAAGACAGAAUAACAUUUUCAUAUACAUAUUGCAUGUUUCGAAUUGACUUCUAUAUUUUCUAUUUUCUAAAUGAAAAGUUUUGCAUGGCAAAUGAAAAACAAAAAAUACUAGCAGUGUAGUUCAUUUAUUCAUAUUUUAACAUUUACAUGAAAUUGCUUUUUUCAUUUUAAGAAAAUGGCAAGAUGUUAAUGUAAAUAUGUACAUAUUGUAAAACAACUGUUAGACCAGAUUCCUAGUUGUCAAAUCAUGUAUAUUUUGAUGAGUUUUAUAUAAUUUUAUGUAUAAGACUUUGUAAAUAGUAGUGUAAAUAAUGUACAUAACUUUAUAAUUGUAAAUGUGUGUAGCUGUAUUGUAAAAAUCAAAAGAAGAAAUUGUUAAACAAAAUAACUGAAAUCAUUUUGGGUAUACAAUUCAGAAUAGUUACCUCUCUAAAAAAAAAAAAAUAUAUAGCUUUAGAUUGCCCAAAAAGUCCUCCAAAUUAAAUUAAAGUUUGCAUUAAAAUUACUGAUAGCUUUAUACUUAGUCACAAGAUAGGUCUUUCAAUUGUUUUCAAUAUUCAGAGAUAUAACUUUUUUCAAAUACUGAAAAAGUUAGCAUAGUUAGUAAUAAUUCGUAUUGUGAAAAAAAAAAAACAGAAUCUAUGAACAUCUUGAAAGUGCUUUAAUAGGGCCUUUCCAUGAUGUCAUGGGUCCUAACUACCUGUCAAUAGUUCUGUUCUUUCUCCAGUUUAAAUGUAAGCAAAAUAUUAAUUUCUAUAUAAAAGUUGAAAUAGAUGUGCAACAUUGAAUAAGGCUCUAACACACAAUGUCUUUUCAAUGUUAUGGACAUUCUGAUGAUUUACUUGCAACAAUUUUCUUUUUGUGAAUGAUUCCAAUAAAGUAGUUCAGUGCUGUAAAAAAGGUCAUUUAUUUAUGUAGAACUAUAGUUAGAUACAGAUGAUCUUUUUCAAUAAGUUUAAAUGUUGUUAUCCUUAUCCAUAACAUUGUUGUACUUUUUGAUAAACCAAUUAAAACAAAUUAUAAUACUA